AUGUUGUCUGAAAACGAGGACAAAGUUGUGGAAGACACUAAGCCACCCACAAAUUCUCUCUCUAAACGUGAAGCUGCUGAACUGAACUACAAGAGCUUCACCACCAACAACUAUAACAACAAUGGAGUAGUCGGAGACUCGUUGCUUCCAGAUUUCAAAGAUGGUUCUUCUGAUAGCGACUCGAGCGCGAUCCUGAACGAAGAAAAUAAUAGCCCAAAUGCUGCCAUUUCUUCAUCUGGGGUUCUUCAGGGCCACCAGUUCUUGAUCUCUAAUGAAUCUUCAAUGCUGAAAUUCAACUGUUCUUCGUCAUCGUCGCCUUCAUCGAUGAAUUGUUUCCACUUCUCAGAGGCAAAGUCGAUUCUUGGGGAUGAUGCCCAGAAGGCGUAUCUGCCACAGUUUGUGAAGAUUGAGGAGCACAAUUUUUUCGGUGGGGAUGAGUCCUGUAAUUUCUUCUCGGAUGAACAAGCUCCAACUCUUCAAUGUCAAGUUGCAGAUAAAUGGGUCAGUGCAGAAGAUGAGAUAAAAGAGAGGAAAGAGAGUGAUUCACGUGGAGGUGUGGUGGCAGUUGGACUCUGGGUUGGGCUAUAA